CCCGACGAAGGGAAGGCGAAUCGAUAUUCCGCUCAAAUAUUGACUCCGCGAUUGUGUGUGCGGUGUGUCGCGAGAGCGAGCGCGCGCGAGAGAGAGUCCGUCCCGUGCAGUUAGGCGGUGAUGCUCCUUUAAAAAAGUGGAGUGCUCCCCGAGUGCGCGCGCGAGCGGGAAACAAUCUGUCCUCCCGAGGGAAUCGCUCUCCGAGAGUGCCGUAAGCGCGCAGCGAGGUGCGUAAGUUGGUCACGUUGGGAUAGUGCGCGGAUAGACGGUACCAGUCCGGCGACGAGGACGAGGACGAGGACGACGGUGGCCGACAGGACGAGCCGCAGCGGAGGAAAUAUGCUGCCGCGGGCGAGGACGAGCACGCUGCUCCGCGGGCUGCUGGCCCUGUGCGUCGGGCUGAACCACGCGAGCCUCGCGUCCGCCUUCGAGUCGACACCUCCGAGCUCCUACGGCAACGAUCAUGGUGGAGUUCCACGACUGGACCUGGAAAGCCUCGAGAGCGGAUAUCAUGGCCUGGUCAAGGAGAACGAAACUCUGGUCGAGGUCACGCCGCAGAUCCGCGCCCUGGGAACGAAAGUUUGCUCCUUCCGCAUCGCGAACAAGCAUCACGGCGAGGCGCCGUUCGAGAUCGUCCUGAAGGAGAAAGGGAUGGCCGAGCUGCGGGCGUUUCGGGUCCUGAAUUGCGAAAAACGCCGCAAUUACAAGUUCGACAUCGCCGCAGUCGGCUGCAAUGGAGCGCAAUCCGAGAACGCCACCGUUCACAUUACCGUGGUUGAUGUCAAUGAGUACGCGCCACAAUUUCUUCAGCCAGCCUACGUCAGCACCGUGGACGAGGGUCGCCUCUACGAGGAGGUGGUCCGCGUCGAGGCGUCCGACCGGGACUGCACGCCCAAGUUCGGCGACGUCUGUAAGUACGAGAUCCUCACCGCCGAUCAACCGUUCAUCAUCGACAACGAGGGCGCCAUUCGCAACACCGAGCCCCUGGACUACGAGCGUUCGCACAAUUAUAUCCUCAGCGUGGUCGCCUACGACUGCGGCAUGAAACAAUCGGCGCCGGCGAUGGUGACGGUCAAGGUGAAUCGCGUGUGCGCACCUGGAUGGCGUGGCAUCCCCGAGAGAGUCGACUAUGCCGCGGGGGUUGGUUCGCAGCCUCUCUUGCCUUCGGCGAGACUCGACCUCUGCGACGCGCCCUGCAUCCUGCGAAACGUGCGUGCCACCCUGACUCUGGCCACGGAUCACAUCGGCAAGGGCUGCGAUCGCGAUACUUAUGGGGUACGCAGCCAGCGGAAAUUGUGCGGCGCCUCGCGGGACAGCGUGGACCUGCUACCGACUCCUGGGCCCACGGGCUCCUGGACAGCGUCCCUGUCUAGAGACGAGGGUAGAGAAGCUGACGAGAUCUUCGAGUUUGACGGCGUGGACUCGGCAGCGAUUGUGCCGAAUGACGUGCUGGAGCACAGCUUGGCGCAAAAGUUCACCAUCGGCGUCUGGGUCAAGCACCGACCACGUCCACGACAGGAUCCGCACGUUAAGGAGCAUAUUUUGUGCGCUGCUGAUGAUCACAAGAUGAAUAGGCAUCAUUACGCCCUGUUCAUAAGGAACUGCAGAUUGAUUUUGCUCCUGCGACGCGACUUCUCCGAGGGCGAUCCCAACAUCUUCCGCGCCGCCGAGUGGCGUUGGAAGCUCGGCCAGGUAUGCGACGACAAGUGGCACCACUACGCGAUUCAGGUGGACUUCCCGCGGGUUAAUCUUUACGUCGACGGCGAGGAGUGGCACGCCGACGAGAAGAAUCCCGAGGUUAUCGACGACUGGCCUCUACACCCGGCCAAAGGCGUCAACACCACCCUGGUAGUCGGCGCGUGCUGGCAAGGUUCCGAAAACAAGACUAAACACCAUUUCCGUGGUUACCUCGCCGGCCUCUCCGUCUUAGUCGGCCGAAACGAGAAGCCGGAAGUGCUCUCCUGCCUGCGACGUUGCCAGGAGGGCAUCCACGUGCCGCCCAUGGAUCUGCUGCAACCGGGCACUCAGUUGCUGACCAAUUCCGACCUGACCGAGGUGCGUAUCGACGGCGACAAUCGCACGAACGUGGAGACCCUGCUGCGUCGUAUCGGCUAUUCCAACUCUCGACGUUUCCCGACACCCGGUCGCCGUAACUUCCGCCUUGACACGACAAUCGUUUGCGAGGGCAGCGAGAACACGCCUCUACCGGUGCCAACCGUGCAAUCCUACGUUACUGUACUGCCACCACCUCGACCGGGUAUCACUGUCAACGGCACCGGUUACGUGGCCAGAGAGUACGCAGAUUUCCGGCUGGGAGUGCGCGUAUUUCCCGAUGCCCGUGUCACCGCUGGAUCUGCCGCCCGACUAGACGCCUGCGCUGUCAGCGUUUAUCCCAGCCUUAAUCCCGAUCACGAAAGUCUGGGAUUACCCGGCGACGCCCUGCUCGCAUUCCACGACAUCUCCGCCCGCGUUGAUCGGGACGGCGUCGUCCUCUCGGGCGCGGAUUCGCCCUACAAUUACCAGCAGCUGAUCCGUCUCAUUAUGUACACGAACCGCAAGCCGGCUUACUAUCUCGAUCGUGUCUUCAAGCUCACUUGCUCCGAACUGAGCGGUCGCUUCGCCAGCAACGAAUACGUGCAGACCCUGGCUGUGAUUCAUCCCAAGGAGAAGACGACCGUUCCGCCGACACCUGCUGAACCGCCUAUCGCCAGAAUCGUGGAACCGGCACCCGGUCAUGCGCAGCUCUCGCCGCACCAUGCCGAUCUGACAGAGGAAUACGCUACAGCCGCGCUUCACGAGGGCAGUAGAACUAUCGGUGGCACCGGUAGCAGCCACGCUGUGACCAUCGUGGCCGCCGCUUGCAUCGGUUUUCUACUACUGAUGGCGGUAGUGGGCGCCGCGCGGGUCCGCGGGGCGGCCAAACGACGACGAUCCGCUGGUGACGAGCUCGCCGCCGAGACGGAGAUGGCCUGGGACGACUCCGCUCUCGCCAUCACCGUGAAUCCGAUGGACAGGUUGACGGAGCAGGACCAACACCACCAGAGCCAGCGGGACGAGGACGUAGACGACUCCGGCAGCUCCGAUUCCGAGGACGGCUCGUUCCGGGAUGACGACCUUGACAGCUCCGACUGCGAGAACGAUUGCGAGCUCGGCAACGGCCGGCACCGCCGUCACAAUUCGCCGCACGAUCUGGAAUGGGAUCAUCGUGACGUUUAAAUCACCCUACUAUCUUUACACUGAGCAUUCACAUCCCCCCCUUUCUUCGCGGUUUUUGGCAUUGAGAAGAGUACCGGCCGCGUGCCGCUUUCCGUAAAAUUCCUCCACCGUUUCUCCACAACGUGGGGGUAUCCCGCGAAGCUCUGUCUGCGAGUUUCGCGAGUUUAUUCCGCGGGAGUAGUUUCGGAUCAUUAUCUACACAGAGAAAAAUAUCAUUCUACUGCCAAGAAAAGCGAUUGCUCAAUUUAUUUUUCUCUUUUCAAGUAAUAGUUUUCUUCAACAAAGAAUAUAUUCUUGAUAAUAAUCUUCGAAUAUACUCAUCACAAGUGUUGGAAAAUCUCAUUAUCA